UUGAAGUAAGCACAUUUUUAAUCAUACUACCCACCAUCCCUACAAAGCUUCAACCUUUUCAUCAUAAAUACUUUUCCCUUUUCUCUUUCCAUUCAAAUUCUUCCACGAAAGUAGUGCUACAUUAAUAAGUGAAAAAAAAAUCCAUUCUUGGAAGCUUUAUGUACGUGUUAAAAAAUUUCACAUUUGGAGUCCAGAAAUGAAAAUGGGUGUUUCAAUUUUGGAGUUCCUAGCUGCUUUGGCAACAGCCCUUUUGCUGGGCUCCUCUCUUGCUCUCUCUCCAGAUGGUCUUACACUGUUGGAAGUGAAGGCCAGUUUGAAUGACAGCGACAACUUUCUGAGUAACUGGAAAGAUAUUGAUGAAUCUCCAUGUAAUUGGACUGGUAUUGCUUGCAGCCCACAAGAUCAAAGAGUGAUAUCUAUAAACCUACCACAUAUGCAGCUUGGAGGAAUUAUACCCCCUAGCAUUUGUGCACUCAACAAAUUACAAAGACUGGCACUUCAUCAGAAUAGUCUUCAUGGUUCUAUUCCUAAUGAGAUUGCACAGUGUUCUGAACUCAGAGCCUUGUAUCUUCGAGCUAACUAUUUUCAAGGAGGAAUACCUUCGACUAUUGGAAACGUUUCUAUGCUGACCAUAUUGGAUUUAUCGAGCAAUACACUGAAAGGUGCUAUACCGUCUUCUCUAGGUCGUUUAACGCGUCUAGCAUAUCUAAAUUUGUCAUCAAACUUCUUGUCUGGUGAAGUCCCUGAUGAUGGUGUGCUAAGCAAGUUUGGGAGCAAAUCGUUUAUCGGUAAUUUAGAUCUGUGUGGCCAACUAGUAAACAAGCCUUGUCGAACUUCACUUGGUUUUCCGGCUGUAUUUCCUCAUGCUGAAAGUGACGAAGCAACAGGUUCGACCGUGCACAAGCGAUCCUCUCACUACAUCAAAGGUAUCGUGAUUGGAGCAGUAUCCAUGUUAGGCGUUGGGAUUAUUUUCCUUCUCGGUUUUCUCUGGGUUUGGCUGCUGACGAAGAAAGAGAGAGCUGCAAAAACUUACACAGAAGUGAAAAAACAAGUCCAUCAAGAAGGAAGAGCCAAGCUCAUAACUUUCCAUGGUGACCUUCCAUACCCUUCGUGCGAGCUUGUAGAGAAAAUCGAGUCUCUUGAAGAGGAAGAUGUCGUUGGAGCUGGAGGGUUUGGAACUGUAUAUAGAAUGGUUAUGAACGAUUGUGGAACUUUUGCAGUCAAGAAGAUUGAUGGGACAAGACAAGGCUCAGAUCAAGUGUUUGAGAGAGAGCUCGAGAUCUUAGGCAGUGUCAAGCAUAGAAAUCUUGUAAACCUGAGAGGUUACUGUCGUCUCCCUACAGCGAGGCUUCUUAUAUAUGACUACUUAGCCAUGGGCAGCUUGGACUAUUUCUUGCACGACAAUAUCCAUGAAGAGCGUCUGCUGAACUGGAACGCUCGUAUGAAGAUAGCUAUUGGCUCUGCUAGAGGAGUGGCGUAUCUGCAUCAUGACUGCUCUCCGAAGAUAGUCCAUCGUGAUAUAAAGUCGAGCAACAUCCUCCUUGAUGAAAAACUAGAGCCCCGCGUGUCAGACUUCGGCCUUGCUAAGCUGCUGGUGGACGAGGACGCUCAUGUCACAACUGUGGUUGCAGGCACAUUCGGCUACUUGGCUCCAGAGUAUUUGCAGAGUGGUAGAGCAACAGAGAAGUCGGACGUGUACAGCUUUGGCGUGCUGCUGCUGGAGCUGGUGACGGGGAAAAGGCCAACGGAUCUGAUGUUUGUGCAAAGGGGAUUGAAUGUGGUGGGAUGGAUCAACACGCAGAAUAGAAUGGAGGGCAUAGUGGAUAGGAGGUGCAGGGACGCGACAAUGGAGACUGUGGAGGUGCUGGUUGAGAUUGCAUUGAGAUGCACGGAUGCAGACCCUGAGGCACGUCCAACGAUGCAGCAGGUGCUACAGUUGUUGGAGCGGGAAGUGAUGUCGCCGUGCCUCAGUGAGUUCUACGAGUCUCAUUCAGAUAAAUGCUGAAGUGCUAUUGAGUAAAUGCAGCAUUUUGCUGCUCAACAAUCAUUGUACAUUGUUAAUGAAUGGCAUCUGUGGUUGGCUUGGUUUUCUGCUACUAGUCCCCUAUUAGCAGUUCCGAUUUUGAAUCGAAAACCGGCAGUUACGACUUACGGUUUUGUGUCAAAACCGGCGUUGUUUUUGGUUGUUUUUACCUGUUUUUGGCCAGUUAUAUCAAGAUUUGAGCCAAAACUGUGGUUUUUUGCUGGUUCAUGUAACUGUUGGUUCGCAGUUCAAACAUAUUGGAAUCGAAACCGGACUAAAGUGACUGUUUUGCUGUCACACAUGCACA